CUCUCUCUUCCCAUCAACUGUAAAAGGAUAAGGCUGCGGUACCAAGUUCGAUAGCAUAUCAAAAUUUAGUAGUAAAUAAGGUAACUUAUAACAUGCUCGACUAGGAAAAAACAUUUACAUUAAGAAGAAAGCAUGACCAUUGUUUAUGGUACCCUCUUCUCUGUCCAAUUCAAUUCUCUUCCCCCCAUCAAACCAGUAACAAAAACUACAUUCCCUUAUCUUCCCUCCAGUACUCUCCAUUGCAGCAACAAGAGAGAUUUCCCAUUGCCAGCAGUGUCUUCAAUCCCAUACCCAUCUAUCAAUGAGGACUACCUACAAAGCCAAUUCAGUGGACAUGGUGUUACCUUUUCGGAUAUCGGCGACAGCUGUGUGGUCAGGAUGGGUCUGGAGAAUGGAAGUGUGGCCACUCUGAUGCUGCCAAGUGGUCUGAUAACAUCAUACAAGGCUCCUAUGUGGCAUGGCUCCACCCUAGAAUUGCUUCAUACAUCGGUAUCGGAAGUGGAGAGUGGUGGUGCUGUUAUUCAAGGAGGGGUGUCAUUGGCCUUCAAAUGUGAAAGUGAAGAAAAGGUUUCAUGGUCUCCAAGUGCUUGGGCUCUUCAUCAAGUUAGAGGAAGUCCUCAAGAAUACACUCAGGUAGAACUGAUUAGCAGCAACUCAGAGCACAUGGUUGAAGUUAAACAUAUUGUGACUCUCCAGCAGGAUCUUUUAAGCUCGGAGAUUGUCAUCUCUAACUCACAACCUACAUCACUCUGUCUGAGGGGUUCUGUUAUAAGCCAUCUCAUAGUGAGUACACCAGAAGCAACUUAUGCGGUGGGACUGGAAGGCUCAGAUUUCUUUAGCAGGCCACCAGUUUGGUCAAAUUUUAGCAUAAUUCCUCCGGAUUUCGACAAGAGAAAGGGUUUGGGUUCUAAGAAUUUAUGGGAUCCUAUGGCAUUCAGGGAACUUUUGUCCGGCUGGGGCGGCGUUAGAGAUCAGAACAAUGCUGAUGAUGUAGAGAGGAUAGAGAAAGCAACAGACGAAGAGUUGGAGGGUGAAGAAAAAGAAAAUUACAAGAAUUUAACUGAGAAAAUGAGCAGGAUUUACACUAGUGCACCUAGGAACUUUACCAUCAUUGACAGGGGUAGAAGAAACUCCAUUGAAGUAGGAAGAAAGGGGUUCAAUGAACUGUACAUGUUCAGUCCUGGCUCAAGUUAUGAUUGGUAUGGCAAGUUUGCUUAUAUAUGCAUAGGCCAGUCAGCCCUGCUUGAACCAAUAAUCCUGCAGCCUAAUGGUGAAUGGAGAGGUGGGCAGCAGUUAGAGAACCCGAAUCUCUAAAUUCUACUGAAGCCUGUCUCUGUGUCCAUCUUAGUAUUAUGCAGAGGAAGCAGCUUAAAAUUGGAGAAUUUUGUUCCACACUUUCUGGGAAAAACAGUUUUUCUUUCCAUGUUCUGUAUAUGCAAAAUGUUUUCUAAAAAGAACGAAUGGAAGACAAAAAUGUUAUGCAAGUUGCCGUCAUACGUAAAAUGGUUU